AUGGACCCUGAUAGAUUCCGUCAAGCCUUGCGGGACCUUUCUCCCCCUGGCGACUCAUUGACUGAGCUUGUUGAGGGCUGGAAUACCCAGCUCCUGGCAGCCAUCAAUGAGAUCGCACCUAAGCGCCCUCUGCAACCCCGCAGAAACUGGGCUCCCUGGUUUACCGAGGAGCUCCGGAAAAUGAAGCGGGACCUCAGACGGCUAGAGCAAGUAUGGCGGGGUGCCCAUGAUGGAGCUUCAAGAACAUCUUAUAGGGUUUUUAUGAAACUCACGAACUCCUGGACCCACCGCCUUGCCGACGUGGGGAUCCAGGGCACAGUCCUUCAAUGGCUGCGCUCGUUUCUCUCUGGUCGGGGACAGAGGGUGGCGCUUGGGGGGGAAUUGUCAUCCCGCCACUCCUUGGUGUGUGGAGUACCUCAGGGUGCAAUACUCUUCCCGAUGCUUUUUAACAUCUUUAUGCGCCCCCUCGCCCAGCUUGUCCGGAGUUUUGGGCUGGGCUGCCAUCAGUAUGCUGAUGACACCCAACUCUAUCUGUUGAUGGAUGGCCAUCCUGAGUCGGCCCCAGACACACUGAUCAGAUGCUUGGAAGCUGUGGCUGAAUGGUUACGUGGGAGCCGGUUGAAGUUAAAUCCUUCGAAGACAGAGGUUCUCUGGCUGGGACGGGACGAUAUGGGAUUGAGGGGGCAACUCCCAUCUCUUGCGGGGGUGCAAUUAGUGCCAGCACCGUCCGUUAAGAGUUUGGGUGUAAUCUUAGAUACCUCCCUCUCCAUGGAGGCGCAGAUUGCAGCUAUAACAAAGGCGGCAUUUUUUCAUCUCCGCCAAGCUAAGCAGUUGGCUCCUUACCUCUCUCGCCCUGACCUAGCCACAGCCUGACUCCCUCCUUUGGCAAUCUUUACAAAACUUUAGUUUAUGGUUGCCAUCAAUUUUGAUUUUAAUUAAUUUUUAUAAUGUUUUUAUGCACUAUUUUAGUGUUGUUAGCCGCCCUGAGCCCGGCUUCAGCUGGGGAGGGCGGGAUAUAAAUAAAAUUUAUCAUUAUUAUUAUUAUUAUUAUUAUUAUUAUUAUUGAUUCUGUAGUGCUUCAUGGUUGCACUCUGUUUACAUCACACACACAAACACAGGCCUAUCAGAGAGAAGCAAUGGGGUUGAAUGGCCAUGAUAUUGUUAUUAUUAGCCCUAAACGGCCUCGGUCCAGUAUACCUGAAGGAGCGUCUCCACCCCCAUCGUUCUACCCGGACACUGAGGUCCAGCACUGAGGGCCUUCUGGCGGUUCCCUCACUGCAAGAAGCCAAGUUACAGGGAACCAGGCAGAGGGCCUUCUCGGUAGCGGCACCCGCCCUGUGGAACGCCCUCCCACCAGAUGUCAAAGAGAAAAAACAACUACCAGGCUUUUAGAAGACAUCUGAAGGCAGCCCUGUUUAUGGAAGCUUUUAAUGUUUAGUAGAUUGUUGUAUUUUAAUAUUCUGUUGGAAGCCGCCCAGAGUGGCUGGGGAAACCCAGCCAGAUGGGCGGGGUAUAAAUAAUAAAUUAUUAUUAUAUUAUUAUUAUAUGAUGGCCUCCUCCCCAAAGACACAGCCAGGCCACCUCCCCACUCUCCACCUAUAGCAAAAAUGGGAAACCUGUGGCCCUCCAGGUGUGGUUGGAUGCCAACUCCCAUCAGCUCCAGCCAGCAGAGCCAAGGGCCAAAGAGGUAGCCCAACAAUAUCUGGAGAGCACCAGGCUCUCCAUCCCUGCCCUACAAUGUGUGCAAUAAGCCGCCAACAGGUGCGCGAUGGGGAAGUGCUGUAGCUCAGUGACAGAGCAUCUGAAGGUCCCAGCUUCAAUUGCUGGCAUCUCCAGAUAGGGUUAGGGGAGAGAGAGAGGAGAAAAAACCUUGUCUGAAAUCCAAGAGCUCCACUGCCCACCAGUUUAGAGAUAAUGCUCCACUAGAUGGGCCAGCGGUCUGACUCAAGCAGCCUCCUUUGUUCCUACGCCUGCAGAACAAAUGGGUCCAGGUGAGUCAGGUAUGAGCGGGAACUUGAGUAGUUUUACUGGGGCACAGUGGGGUGAAAUGAGAGAGACGGUGCUCAAGCCCAAAUCAGAUGGCAUUCAAAAGCAGGUGGUGGGUGACUGCAGAGCGGUGUCCUGGGCGAUGUGAGCAUCCUCGCCUCCAGCUCAGGUGUGCGUAGGAGAGGGGGGAGUGUCCCCGCCUGCUUCUUAAACUGCAGGGGCCCUGCAAUCUCCUGCUGGGGGGCGGGGAAGAGGCCACCCGAGGCUGCCUGUAGGCAGACCCUUCCCAAGACUUGAAGUGGAGGCAGGUGGGGGCGGGGCAGGCCGGGGGAGGAGGCUGCCGCGGCGGCGGCGGCAGCGGCGGCUCGCCUGGCUCUUAGCUUAGUUUGGCUCGGCUGCUGCAGAUUUCUGGACUGGACGGGGACGACUUGAGCUGCAGAGCGAUGGAAGCCCGGAGCAGGGGGUUGCAGGUAAGAGGCGGGCUGCGGUUUGACCUAGAGUGGGCAGAGAGGGGGGGAGGGUUCUGGAUCCCUUCCACUCCCCCUCGAUUCAACUUUCCACUCCCCGGGGUACGCUGGUGGUGAUGGUUGGGGGCGUUGAAGGGAAGAGGGGCAGAGGCAAGAGGGGGGAUAUACACAUACCAGACUGGCAAAUGAGAGCGGGGUGGGGGGGUGGGAGAGAGAGAAGAUCCCCAUUUCCUUCUCCUCUUCUUCCUGCCCCUUCUCUUCCUCAUUCAGCCUUCCAACCCCGGGGUGGGCAGCGAAACCGGGGGUGAGUUAGGGGUGUUCGGAUCUGGUAUGGGCAGUGGAGACUGGGGGAAGAGGGGGAGUCUCGCCUCCCUCUCUUUUUUAAUUUCCCCUCCCCUUUCUCCUGGAUUCACACCACCCAUCUGUGGGUACGGAGUCUGUGUUUGUGUGUUUUAUUGUGUGAAGCCGGGAGCAGAGCAUCUUCCUCCUUUUCCAUCACUGCCCCCCCCCGGCUUUUUUUGCCUCUCUGCUGGAGCGCCUCAAAAAACGCCAGCCCAGCUUUCCAGUCCAAGUCUCACUUAAACCCCAGCCUCUGAGUAACCCAUGGAGUGAGCAGGCUGAGGAGCGAAGUGCUGUUCAUGAUGGGAUCUUAUAUAUAAAUAAAUAAAUAAAUCCUGGUUAAUUAAUCUGUGAUAACUGCUCCAUUACUUAAUGAUCCCUAACACAGAUUAGAAUCUCCGCUCAGCCCCGCUAAACAUGCAAUGUCCCUGAUUACGAGGAAGGAAGUGUAGUUGAACCUAUCAGGGCAACUGAUAGCUCUCUCGCUCUCUGUGAGUGUGUGAGUCUGUAGCUUUAUUCCACACAGACCAAGAAAUCUGUGUAGCAUUUUAGGAAAGGCAAAAUGCCACGGUAAACUGAAGAUUCACAUACUGUAUUUGGAAAUCAGCCAUAUUACUAUGUACUCUAACCUGGUGUCUUUCAGAAUUCUGACCUUCAGGAAAUGCCUUUUUUCUUCCACACAGCUUCCAAGGAGCCCUUAAGUGCAAGUUUGUGUGGGUGGGGUGGGGAGACUCUGGGGGAACCUUGUUUCCGACAGAGGAGACAGCCGCAGUACUCUGAGCAGCGCCGGGCAGUUCCAUAUAGCUGCCCUGUUAAUUUCCCACAAUGCCCCAGACAUAAUAGGACUCCAGAGCUUUAUGGGAAAUUGAAACAGUGGCUAGCCUGUGUGUUUUUUUAAAGAGGUGUUAACCGUGAACCCUGCUGGAGCACUGGAGGCCUGGCAACUGUGGAAAGCCGGUGGGAGCUGUUCUUAAGUAUCUGUUUUAUGACCACUGCACACUGCAGAGGAUUUUGGGGCACAUUCUAGCGAUUCACAGUCUGGCCAGGUGAGCCUUGCCGUGGUUUGUUGGGCCAGAGACUGUUCAUAAGUGGUGAACCGAGGGUCUGCCUACCGGUUGUACGUCAACGGGAAAAUUGGCAUUGGUGGGCAAGCUGCCCUUCAGCAAAGCAUUGCAGGGGGUUGGACUAGAUGGCCCUUAGGGUCCCUUCCAACUCUACAAUGCUGUGAUUCUAUGAAAGCUCAGCUGCCAUUACUGAGCUUCCCAUUGAGGAAUCCCUGAUAGACUUUCAGCAAAGAACGUGAGAGCCACUGCUCUGCUCAGCAUUCCAUGUGACAUGGAUGGUGCUGGAAUAAUGGGAUGCAAGGUUGUGCAACUCUUCAGAAAUAUGGGGACGGAUUGUACCCAAUUAAAAAAACAAAACACUACGCAUUUGCAAAGGCUCCCUAGCUGGCUUUUGUUUGUGUUGACGAUUUGAAUAUUAUAUUUUUAUACACCUCAGAACAGUCCCCCCUCCAGGUCAUUGACUGGUGGUCCCAGUUUUCGAAGCCUUCCCCUGUAGCAAGCAGAUCGACUCAGCGCAUUCUUAUGAAAUUAUUUGCUCUGCGGGGAGCUUUGGGCAGUGCAACAGCUCUCUGCUUGCGGCACGAGAAGGACUAGAGCAGGACUGGUGUCAGGCUUGGGAGGACCCUUGGCAGGGUGCCCCCACCCCAACCCACAACCCAACACUUGCACACACAAUGAAGGACAGGCUCCAGUCCUGCUUGUGAUGGUGGCAGCGCCCCUUGCUUUUGCUGCUGCCAUUGCUGUUUUAAUAGCAGCAGAGGUGCUCCCUGCCUCAACGCCAAGCCCUGGGUAGAGGCACUUUUGAAUGGGAGAUAAGCUUCGCUGCCUUCUAUGAUGGUCACCUGUCAUUGUAAGUUACCCCAAAUGGAGUGCCCUGGCAGCUCACAGAUCUAUGAAAUUUUCACGUUUUAGACUACAGAUCAACAAAAUCCAAAUCGGGGGGCCAACUUGAAUAAAAUAUGGGGGGGUAGAUAAGCCCAGCCCUGUGUAAUCAAUCACAAUACACCAUUUGAAUGGCAAUGCCCAUCAAUGGGGGGGCAGCCUUCUCAAAUAUUUUAUUGGGAAAGGGCCCGAAGGGACCUUGGCCCCUAGGAGUCGGCUCCUGUGACCCAUACUAUAGGCUGGAGCAUCACAUUUUCGACGACUUAAAAAGGCUGUUGGGAGAGGAGUGUGGCUCCUCUUCAAAAGUGCCGCUACUCCAUCCAGAGCUGAAGAAUAUCCUUGUCGAGAGCAGUAACAGUGGCAGAGAAAUUUGCGGCUACCGUUGCCACAAGCAAAACUGGACUCCGACCUGGUGGUGGUGGUGGGAUUUAGGGGAAGUGAGGGGCCCCAUCACCAGCCCUGUGCCAAGGUCCCUGCAAAAUCCGGCAUUGGCCCUGCCGCAAUCCUCUGUUUGCCACAAGCAGAUCGUAAGGUGCACUGCCCACUGUUGAAAAGCACCUGGGUGUCGGAUCAGUGGGGAGGGUGGUGAAUGGCAGCAGGACUGGUUCAGGCCAGUGAGGGACCCUUCCAAAUUCUUGGGGGCCCUGGCCAGUGACUGAUAUAGUUGACUGCUGGCACCAGGCAUGGACUGACGGUGUGCCUUGAUAGGGCUGGUCAUUCGGGUGCAAAGUGUUCAAAACAGGAGCCUUGCAUUUUAUUCCACACUCUGUAAUGUCUAGGACAGCUUACCCAUGUAAUGACACGGUGGUGUUGUGGUUUCCCCAUCCCACAUCAUUAGUGGGAAAAUGCACGGCACUGUGACACCCAGUUACAGGGAAAUUGUCCUAGGCAUUAUGGAAAGCAGGGUGGGCAGGGAACUGGACAAAUCAUUGCCAUUGCUGGCUGCAACUGUGCAUUUAAGCUCACUUGUAGUUUUGGUGUGAGGCACCGUCACAAGGUAUGUUAAAAAUGCAAAGUCUGAAUUGAAAUCAAAUCAAUAGUUUUCACAAAAGGAAAACAAAAGGGCAUUCUUGUCAGAUAAGCUUAAAACAGAACACCACUGCUGAGAUUGAGGCACGUUUCUGCUAUGUGAUUAGGUAUAACUUUACUGCAGGAAAAGGAUCUCUCCAUCUCUCAAACACAUUCAUGUUUCCCUGGUGAUGGUCGUAGUAGUGGAGGACAAUAAUAAUUGUGGAAUAAAUACGGGACACAAAUUGCAGAUGAGGCAUGCUAGUAGCCACAAUGCCCAUAUUCCACCUCCUCUGACUUCUUGUAUUCUUAUGCUCUUCUGCAGUAUGUUCCCCACCCCCAUGCUCAACAACACACAUUUCUCCAGAAAAUGAUGUGUCCUGGGCACGGUUCGAAGUUAGCCAGGCACGAGGUACAUUUUGCAACCGGGGAUUGGCAGAUUGCAAGCACUUUGAGAAGUCUUGGCAACACAUGUGGUGACUUGAGACUCCAGAAGAAAAUUGCCACCACUGAUCACUGAGGGUGCAGGAGGAGAAAUGCUUCUAUGCCCUGCAUGCAAGUGAGAUAGCUGGCUGCUCCCUUCCCUUUGAUGCUUUGCUGCCCCACUCCCCAAAAUCAUGUAAGUUCAAAUCUAGCACAACACUUUACAUAAAAAUAAAAUAAAAUAAUUAUUAUACAGUGGUACCUUGGUUCUAGAAUGUCUCCUUUGACAAACAUUUCAGAAAACCCAGAAGUAAAUGCUUCCAUUUUUGAACAUGCCUCAGAAGUCGAAUGGCUUCCACUGUGUGCUUUUCCAUUUUCUCAAUUAAAUUUGCAGACAGCCCUUUGCGCCUUGGUUUUCAAAUGUUUUGGAACUCAAACGGUCUUCCGGAAUGGAUUACGUUUGAGAACUAAGGUACCACUGUAAUUAAAAUAAAAUAAAAUAAAAUAAAAUAAAAUAAUAAUGUCAGCAUUUGUAAAUAUCAAUUAUUCAAUUGACUUAUGGUUUUUGGCCACUAUUGCAGGGGCCGAGCCCCAUUUACGUUUGUGGUGUCCAAUUAAGAAUUGCUAUUAAAAAUGUGAUAUCAACAAUGUGUCGCUGAUGUGAACUGUGUAUUAGUUUUUGUGUUUCAAAAAUAUAAAUUGAAAGUUUGGCAGAAUUGGGGGGGGGGGAAUAAUGCGACUAGACAUUUUGUUGUGGUGCCCGUAACUUAGGUUCCAGAGCUUUUCAAUAGCUUUUCAAACACUGACCUGGGUCCUGCCACUGUAUUAACAUCUGGAAUCUGGAGCAGCAUGGGCAGGGCAGAUCCCAUGGGUUCGUUCUUUCCACUUGAUUGUCAGGCACUUUCCUGGCUGAGACACAAUUGAGCAGAAAGGACCCAAAUAUUUGGCUCUGGCUAUGUGAUUGCUGGUAUUCAUACAUAUAUUGUAGCAGCACAAGAAGACUGUUGUGGAAGUGGAUCCCACAGUGAUGUAAGAAUGUGUGAAUGGUGUCCCCCUUGUUUGGAUGAAGUAUAAUAGGCUCCACAAACAUGGAUGGAGCUCCCAAACAUUCCUGUGAAGUCAUGGGUUGAAGUCAUAGGAAAUGUCACCUCAUUACUUUGGUAACAUAGAGAGUUUCAGGUGGGUUCCAAAAUAUAAUUUGUGCCUUUGAACACAUUUCCACCACCCCCCAUGCCAUAUCUCAGUUCUGGAACAUUUGAAUUAACAAUGUGCAGAGUGUCUCUCUCUCCCUCUGAGUAACCAUACUCUUUGAUGUGCCCUGAUACUUCUGGGGUUUAGAGGCAACAUCAUCCAGGUCAGAGGUAUGGCUUUCAAGCAGACCGAAGCCCCAGCACCUCUCUCCUUCCUCAGGAUGAAAGCAGCAGGCAGCUCCCAGUUUCCACAGACGAAUUAAUGCAUUUUGUGGUGUGCAUAAUCCACACACAUCCAUUAUUCCUUUGAGCAAAUAUAGUUGGCAUAAUUUCCCCCAACAUAUAUUCAUUCUGAAUUCAGACAGGAAUUAAUGAAUGCAAAUCAACAAUGGCAGUUAUUUUUACACCUUGGGAAAGAUACCCUUUUCUGAGGAGAACUUUGAGCCCAUCCGAUGCUGUCGAAAGCAUGAAUAUGUGAGAGGAUGAUUAUAGUUUGCAGGCCGCCUUGGCAAAGGAAUAUGGCAAAGUGCCUGAAGAAGCCAUGAGUUGACUUCAGGUCUUGUGCGGUCAAGGUUUUUUUUUAUAUAAAAGAGAAUAGAAUUCCCCCUGUGUUCCACCAAUGUGCUUUAUGUUUGCAAAAGAACGAUGCAUAUUCAAGACCUCUUACUAGUUUAUUUGUAUUAAGUAAAAGGUAAAAAGAUAAAGGACCCCUGGAAGGUUAAGUCCAGUCAAAGAUGGGGUUGCGGCGCUCAUCACGCUUUCGGGCCAAGGGAGUCGGCGUUUGUCCACAGACAGCUUUCCGGGUCAUGUGGCCAGCAUGACUAAACUGCUUCUGGUGCAAUGGAACACCGUGAUGGAAACCAGAGCACACAGAAACACUGUUUACCGUCCCGCUGCAGCAGUACCUAUUUAUCUACUUGCAUUGGCAUGCUUUCGAACUGCUACGUUGGCAGGAGCUGGGACAGAGCAAUGGGAGCUCACUCCGUGGUGGGGAUUUGAACUGCCAACUUUCCAAUCAGCAAGGCCAAGAGCAGGCAUCCCCAAACUCUGCCCUCCAGAUGUUUUGGGACUACAAUUCCCAUCAUCCCUGACCACUGGUCCUGUUAGCUAGGGUUGAUGGGAGUUGUAGUCCCAAAACAUCUGGAGGGCAGAGUUUGGGUGUGCCUGCCCAAGAGGCUCAGUGGUUUAGACCACAGCGCCACCCACGUUCCUCAUCUGUAUUAAGUGAUCCCAAGUGUUCACCCUGGCUUAAGAAUGUAGGAAGUACUUUCCUUAUCAUAUCAGAGCGAAAACCAGAAUUAUUUGCAAGAAUACCCGCAAACAGCAGGCAUUAGAUAGCCCACCAGAAAUUAGCCAGUGGUGCACUGGUGCACCAAAGUCACUCAUCACAUGUGUGUAUGGCUAUUAUUGUAUACACACAAAAACCUGACAACCCAGCUGUUAAAAACUGGAUAUGGAUCAUGGUUGGGAAUAGGGACUGGGGCAUUUUCAAGGGAAGGUAUUAUAACAGAAACAAAGGAAUGUUCAAAUUCUUCGCUUGCAUUAUCUCAGAAGUCCUUACCACAUCUCUGAUAGGUAGAUCAAUAUUUACAAAUGCGGCAGAUUCAGGGGGCUGAGGCUAACAAAAAAAUAAUGGCUUCCCUAAGUCCACUGAAUGGGUUUUAUUCAUGGCUGACAGCACAAGAUGCUGAUUUUAGUGAGAUACAGUGGUACCUUGGGUUAAGUACUUAAUUAGUUCCGGAGGUCCAUACUUAACCUGAAACUGUUCUUAACCUGAAGCACCACUUUAGCUUAUGGGGCCUCCUGCUGCUGCCGCGCCACCGGAGCACGAUUUCUGUUCUCAUCCUGAAGCAAAGUUCUUAACCUGAAGCACUAUUUCUGGGUUAGCGGAGUCUGUAACCUGAAGUGUAUGUAACCUGAAGCGUAUGUAACCCGAGGUACCACUGUACUGGUUUUCACAUAUGCACACAUACUUAAGUGUGGCGCUGUGUAAGGUUAAUGGAAUGAAAAGGGGGUGUGUGAAAUACAGAUGAUGUACUCCAGUUCCCAGCAUUCCUGACCACUGGCUGAUGGAAGCUGGAGUCCAACAACAUGGUUUUUGCCACUUUGAGGCUCCUUUGGGAGCAAGGAGGGGAUAUAAAUUUAAUAAAUAGAAUUAAGAUAUCUGGAGGGUCACCGCUAUAGAUUCUAAAAGAAAUGCUUGAGCUGUAGUUUUCUUGUUUGUAGAAUUUGGAGUUAACCCGAUACAUUUUUUUUGUGUCUUGAGAAAGAAAUGUCAAAGUACGACCCCUCUCCUGCAUGUGAGCAAAAUCAGCUGCAAAGUUCUCUGUGGAAGUCUAAUGGAGAGGAAUGAGAGCUGGCCAAGAACGUAGUAGCCGAUUCUCCCGCAGGGGUUCAAUCUCCCUAUCUUUAUUUAUUUAUUGCAUAAAAUAUAUUUAAACUGCCCUUCAUCCUUAUGGAUACCAAGCCGGUGUGCAAUGGGCAUUGUCAAAUUCGCUAUGCCAAGAUAGAACAACUGGAUAGCUCAGUUGGUUAGAGCAUAGUGCUGAUAACAUCAAGGUUGCGGGUUCGAUCCCCAUAUGGGCCAGCUGCAGAUUCCCGCAUUGCAGGGGGUUGGACUAGAUGAUCCUCAGGGUCCCUUCCAAACGCCACAAUUCUAUGAAACGCACUAGUACAAGGAAAAAACCCCACAAAUCUGCCAGUGAAACAGAUUUUGAAACACCUGUCUUCCCACUCUGCUGACCUUAAUGAUUCAUGGAAAGUCAACUGUGGAUAGACUUUGUGCCCUGAGGUCAGUCUCCUUUAGUACUGACAUUGCUUGUUCUGGUUGCUGUUUGCCUCUCAUUCACUGGCAAGCUGUAACUUACGAGCAAAUUGAUUUAUUAUUUCCUUUUUUACAAAACUACCGUAAAUCUCCACUGCCCUUUUCCCUUGUCGGAAGAAAACUGACAAUUCAAAAAUGCUCUGAAGCUAACAUCUCUCAAACAAGCAGAGCACAGCAGAGCCACAUCUCUGCUUUCCAUGUUCAGAAAAACUACAGUGGCUUUUGCCUCCCGGAAUAUGGGUACUGAAUAUCCCGCACAGGCUAGUGUAAUAAUGGCAGUGGGUUGCGAAUUACCGGUCUAUCCCAUCUUAAUUCAGGGGAGAAGGGAAGUCUAAAAGAUUUACAGUUGUUUUAGAGUCAUGGUGAUUUGUAGUUAAAUGAAACAACUACAUCCAGUGAUUAUAAAUACCUAUAACUUUAGGGAUGGAGAACCUGGCUGUUGCCAUUCAGAUGUUGAUGGACUCUAGAUCCUAUAAAGUCAUUUCCCAGGGUGUGGCGACUGUCAGCUACUAGGAGCCACAGGUGAGAGCUGAGCGCCACAGAAUAAAUCUUUACAAAUAACAUCAACCUACCGCUUCCCUCCUAAAUCCCUUCUUCUCACUUAAACAUAUAUUGAGUGGUCUCUCAUAACACAGUUAACGCUAACCUGUUCCAAAUUGUUCAAGGCACAGUUAAGAAAAUGCCACCAGCUGUCUGCUUGUUAGCAAAAUUACCUCAGGAAGGCUCUCGCCUCGCAGUCGUUCUGCUGCCUGACUUCUGAGGGUGGGACUCUGGAGGCAAAAGCAGAUGCCCAGAAUUGCUCUGGAAAGCCGAGGAGAACAGUACAGUGUCUUUGUCAAUAAACAUCAGAACUCUUGUCUUCCAUAGGUAGUAUCCAAACAUAUGUGAAACUGGGAACAGAAAUGCAUCAUCACUUUUAAUAUAAGAGCAGACAGGACGACAUUUCUAUAUGUUAUGGGUGGGUGUGGACUUAAGAAAUGCCCAGAGUCGACAUACAUACAUAGGAGGAUUACUGAUUACAGUGGUACCUUGGGUUAAGUACUUAAUUCGUUCUGGAGGUCCAUACUUAACCUGAAAUUGUUCUUAACCUGAAGCACCACUUUAGCUAAUGGGGCCUCCUGCUGCUGCCAUGCCGCCAGAGCACGAUUUCUGGUCCAUCCUGAAGCAAGGUUCUUAACCCGAACUACUAUUUCUAGGUUAGUGGAGUUUGUAACCUGAAGCGCAUGUAACCUGAAGCAUAUGUAACCCGAGGUACCACUGUAUAUGGAAAGAAGCCAGCAUCUAUCAGGAACCCUGCUUCUCAGUUGUUUGUGUACACCAGCUUUUGCCAACUUAACGCCCUUCAGACAUUUUGGACUACAACUCCCAUCAGCCACUAGGGGUUGAUGAGAGUUGUAGUCCCUCCAUGACUGGAGGACACCACCUUGCCUACCAAUGAACUAGGGCUUGGGUUCACUUGUAGUACUUGCAUCAUGAUGGAUAGUGCCCUCUCAAGAACUCUCUCUGCAUGCGUGCAGAGAGAAUUGUCACCAAAAAAUAGGCUAGGCUAUAAUGAACCGUUCUGAGGUAAUUUUAGUCUGUGGGCAGUCAAUGGUACCACCAGACAGCACUCUGUAACUAGGCCCUGAAAUGUUGUAGGAGAUUUUCAGUGUGGGUUAAACAAGCUCAAUGGUUUAUUGAGAGAUGUGUGUAUUAUUUGAGAUUGUGUAUUGGUGUGUUGUGUUCUUUCAUCCUGGUGGAAUGUUUGAUUUGGGUGGGGCGAACCUGAAGUGUGCAAUUUGUAUAGCACAGUGACAAUAAGCCUGUUAUGAGUAAUCAAAACUGUCCUCAUUCUUGGACAGUUGUCCAAGACCCAUGUCUUGGAGAGUAUGGCAAGCAUUGGAUGCUGCCCCAUUGGGGUAAAUGGGGCACUGCCCCACCAACCUCUGCCUACUCUCAGCCUGCUCCCACCUGUCUGCUUUCUUAUUUACAACAAGUCCAGCAGGCAGCCCUGUCUGUCAACUGCCUCCUCUUUAGUCAUGAUGUUGCCUUUGUAUAACUCAGCAGGGAGAAGAACUGGAACCAAACUAGAAUUAGUUGGUUCUGCCUCCUGUUGGCUCUGGAUCCAAGUACUGUUGACCUCUCUGCCUUCCUUCCUACCCUACCCAGGAAGCACCAGUCACUAGUGCAAGCAAGUAAGCACCAAAGAGAUCAAAACUUAACUUUGGUGUGAAUAUGCAUAGGAUCAAUGUUCAAGGAAAUAUAACUUUUAAAGUUCGUGUACAGAGUUACAACAGAUCUCUGCUGGCCCUAUACAGGCACUGUGAAUGAUGAGAAGUUACCAGGAAUUAGCCUCCCUUGGAAGAAGAGAUCACUAGAGACUUACGGGGUUUUAUAAUAUGUGGAUAAGCCUGCAAUUCAAUGCACAAUUACUUGGAAGUACUGUAAGCUCCACUGGCCUCAGUGGGACUACUUUCUGGAUGAAGCCCCUCCCUCUCUCUGUUUAGGGUUUUAUUUUUACCUUUAAACCAGAUAUUGGCUGGACAGCCAUUCAAACAGAGGGGCUAUCCUCUGCAAGGGACGCAGGUGGCACUGUGGUGUAAACCACAGAGCCUAGGGCUUGCCAAUCGGAAGGUCGGCAGUUCGAAUCCCCGCAACGGGGUGAGCUCCUGUUGCUCGGUCCCAGCUCCUGCCCACCUAGCAGUUCAAAAGCACGUCAAGUGCAAGUAGAUAAAUAGGUACCGCUCCGGCGGGAAGGUAAACGGCAUUUCCAUGCACUGCUCUGGUUCACCAGAAGCAGCUUAGUCAUGCUGGUCACAGGACCCAGAAGCUGUCUGCGGACAAAUACUGGCUCCCUUGGCCUACAGAGUGACAUGAGCGCCGCAACCCCAGAGUCAUCCAUGACUGGACCUAAUGGUCAGGGGUACCUUUACCUUUAUCCUCUGCAAAGGACAACAGCUGGCCACCCGAAUGCUUUCAGAUCCUCAGAGUCAUUCUUACCCAAGUUGCUUUUAUCAUUUAGCUCACACUCUGCCUCUCCUCUUCAGUCUGGAGUCACUUUCCAACAGUCAGAAAAAUGCUUCUUUAGUUACCCCUCACACAGAGACUUUCCCAUCAGCUUCAUUCUCUCCAUCAAUGGGAGUCAUCUUCUGGUAGCUCUCUGGUUCAGAAUAUUUCAGAAAUAUCUCCAAUAAUUUCCCUGCCAUUAGCACCAUUAAGGAGCCAUCAGCAACUCAUCUCAAGUCAUCCUUUGUGCAGUCCUGUAGCUGAUUGUGUGUGUGUUUGUUUCUGUGAGAGAGAGAACGGCUUGCUGGCCCAUUAUGCUUCCAUGUUGCAGAUCUGCAAUUUUGGACAAACGCAGCCCAAGACGUCAGAUUAUUAGAAAAAUCUGGAAGCUGGACAUGUAUACACUUCUACAUUGAUUGGGGUGGGGACUGUUAGUGUAUGUCGUAAAGGAACAGUAGCAAGAAAUCUGAUUCGCAUAUGGUCUGAACCACUGAGAUUAUAAGAAAAAGUGGUACCUGGACUUUUUAGAACCUUUCCCCAGACACCAUUUUCUGUUUGGAGCAAUAUUAUUAGCAGUACCAGGAGCAAUGGUAGUACGUUUAUAUACUGCUUAAUGCCAAAAUAGGUUUCUAAACAGUUUACAAAGUGUGGAAGAGGUAAGUGCAAUGAGAUCGUCUGGCCCAAGCUCUUUCCCUCUUGAUCCUGGAGUUGGUAAUUAAGGGCUAGGAUUUUGGCGAGAGGGGAUGAGAAAAGAACAGCAGACACCAUGUAUCUCUUUUUUCUUCUCUCUUUCUCUCUCUGAUACUGGCAUCCAGCUUAGAAACAGUGACCUCUUCUGUGAAAGAAAUUAUCUUCCAGCGGUAGUGGAAAGAGAGAUGAAAUGUUGUGGUGGAGGAGGGAAUGAUUAACAGGGCAAAAACAAGUUAUUUGCCUCCCCCUCAUUCUUCCUGGAGAUUUCUGAGCAGUUACAGCUUGCUUACAAGGCAAGCGAGAUGCUUAAAUGGUGUCUGCACUGCCAUCGUGAAAAAUGAUUUAACAUUUUUGCUUCUGAAUGCAACGUUCCCUUGUUUCCCCCAUAGGGUGUGCUUCUUUGAGUCUCGCCCACAGUUAUAUUUACACAUGCUUCUGAGGCAUUUCUUUCUAUUUGGGAGCCGGGUUAAUCCCCCUUUUUUGCCUCUGUCCUCCAUUUUACUGGGUGGGUGGGCAGAGUUGUUUUAAACUGACACAGGAACAAGUCUUGCAGCUGCUCUCAACCACAGACUCCCACAUGCCCGUGUGUUGUGUUAUGCACCUGAAUGGGGUUUACGUGGUGCCUUGGGGUUGGGACUGGGAGUCUGGCCCUACCCCUGGUAUCAGACGGCUGCCCAGGGGUAUCUGCCCAGUGAGUGCAGGCAUUUGAAAAGGAGCUAUCUGCACAGGAUCAGCUAUUCAUGCCUAGAAGCUCCAGGUCCACACUCAAAACAAGGCUGUGAUGGGAUUCUUCAUCAGAGGUUUUUAAACAGAGUUUGGAUGACCAUCUGUCAGGGACACUUUAGCUGUCCUUCCUGCAUUGCAGUUCUAUGAGUCUAUGUUGCAAGUGGGGCUAACUCAGUCAUGUGACUCUCCAUGCAUGUAAUCUACAUAUGAAGAGGGCUGCACUCUGCCUGACUUGUAAUUUCCUCCAUCUUUCUGUGAACUCAACUCCCAACAACAUCCCGUAAGAUCACAGUUUUGUUCCACUUUUUUUAAAAAAGUGAAUCACUUCGCAAACUCAUGCCCCACUGGAAAGCUAGGGUGUCCCCCCAAAUAUGUAGAAGCCACUGGCUGAUUUUGGAGGGCUCUGCUCCACCUCCAGGCUGAUGUAAACUCAACCACCUAAGUAACUUAGUAGACAGUAUAUCAUCCUUUAUCUAUUGACCUGCACUUGUAAGUUACAAUACCCCAAACCCACUGUAUAUUAAAGGCAUCCCAAUGCUUUCUUCUUCUUUUUUAACAUCUUUAUUGAAAGUUCAAAAAUUACAUAAUUAUAUGUGUACUAAACAUGGUGAGACUUAAAUAAAAAAGAGAAAGAGAGAAAGAGAGAAAGAGAAACAGAGCCCUUGUAGAAGGGAAAAUAAAGGGGAGAGGGGGGAAAACUGUAUCUUUUACAAGGUUAUUAUUGUACUUCACCAGAUCUUAACCUAUUACAGUAUUUGUAAGAAUGGAUUCCAAAUAUCAUUGAAUUAGUCCAUGGCAAGUCUGCGUUUAUAUGCAAGUUGUUCAUAUGUUGCGAGUUUGUACAGUAUAAGUCUUUGUUGCAAGUUUUUACAGUAUAAGCCUUUUUAUUUUUCCAUUUUAUCAGUAUCAGUCUUUUUGCUGUGGUAAGGGCACGGAGAGUCUACUUAUACUGUCCUUUUGCAAGGUUCCAUGUGCUGGGUAUAUAAUUCAAGAGGAUAUUUUGCUCAGUAAAUGUAAGGUUGUUCCGUACAGUUCUGUUGAUGGUUUCAGUUACUUUCUGCCAAAAACCUUUCACUAUAGGACAAUGGAAAAACAUAUGUUUUAAAGAAGCAUUAUCCCUAUUGCGUCUCCAACAAGGGGGUCCAGUAUAUUCUAAAUAUUAUUGUUUUGUUGUUUGAGCCUCAAUUUAAGCCCAGUGCUUUCUCACAACCUGGCCAACCCAUCCAUGGAAGAGCUUCAGAAAGAUGGCCUUAUCAUUCAGGCAGGUUCAUGUGGGAGCAAGGAAGAUUCUUCUUAGACUUAGAGGAUUUACGUUGCUGGGAGCAGCCUUGUGUUAACAACUUGUGACCAGGAACUGCAUGCAGAUGAGUGAGUGGGCUGGCAGAGGAACGGAACGUUGUGUCCCAUCUCCAACAUCCUUCUCUGUUUCCAUGCUCUGAAGGCAGGGAAGUCUCUUCUUCCUCCAUGACCAAUAUGGAAAUGCAGAGCGGGGGGUGUGUGUGGUGACCUGAUCCUCCUCUCCCAGCCCAUCUGGUGGAAGUCAGCUUUUUUGUUUGUUUGCUUCCUUGCUAGCCUAGUAGACUGCAUUUCAGUGCUGGGCAUGAAGAAGGAAAAGGCUUCACAGAAGCUAAAAUGCUCAUGGACACUUCAACAUGUAAUAAAACAUUCUGACCUCUUCUGCCCAGUACAUUUAAGGCAGCAUUAUUCCACUUUAAGCAGUCGUGGCUUCCCUCAAAGAACCAUGGGAACUGUAGUUUGCUGGACUUUGUUGAGAGACUCCUCUUCCCCUCACAGAGCUACAAUUCUCAGAGUUCUCUGGGAAGAGGGGUUGAUUGUUAAAUCACACUGGGGCCUGUAGCUCUGUGAGGGCACUAGGGGUCUCCUAGUAACCCUCAGAACCCUUAAUGAACUACAGUUCCCAGGAUUCUUUGGGGGGAGCCAUGACUGUUUGAAGAUACUGCUUGAAAUCUCUGGUGCAGACGAGGCCUUAGUGGGCAUCACAUUUUUGUAUGUGGUGCUCUCUGUGUGCUAUCUCUACUUUUUCUACUAGUCCAGAGCACUAUCUUUUUAAAAAGAAAGAAAGAAAAGAAAGCUCUUAGGACUAGGACUAAAAGCCUUAAUUGCCGUGAUUAAUUGCAGAUUAAAAGUGUGGGCUGUUAAUCACAGUAGUACCCCAUGGGGUGGGGUGGGGGAAGGAGCUAAUGGCAGUGUUGCUAAACAAGCACUAUGCAUUGCUUGGCUGAAGGUUUCCCACACAGUGAAUUAUUUGCUUGUGCCACUUAGUAAAAAGAAACUCUUCUCUCCAUCCUCACCACUAAAUAGCUUGGAAAUAUCACCUGAACUGAGGCUGCACCACAAUACCUUUGAAGCACAUUCAAGGCACAUUCUUUACCUCAAAGGAUUCUGGGCACUGUAGUUCGUUAAGGGUUGCUGAGGAUUGUGACUCUGUGAGGGGUAAACUACAUUGCCCAGAAUUCUAUGAGGGAAAGAAUGUGCUUUAAAGAUACGGCGUGCCUAUGGUACCUGAGAUAGUUGUUUUGAAUUUCAGGUGAGAUACCCACACAGUUGCUCCCAGUACCAUUCACCACAAGGAAGCAGUGUAAGGUCCAAAUGAAUGUGGUAGAAGAUAAGGCUCAGUAAAAUAGUUCUGGACAUAGAUACAGACAUAUACAGAUACUUACAAGUGCAAAGUGUCUCCAUUGCUCCAAAUAAACUGCAGUAAUUCAAGAUGUAACAUGGACAGGUAAUACCAACAGACUGACAACUCACAGACAAACUGACGGAGCUGACAUACAUUAAUCACAGAUAUAGUCAGGGUACUCGGCCUUUGACAUAGCAAAUGGCUUGGCUGACCUUGCACCUGUGAUUAGCUCAUCCACUCAGUUAUUUUCAGCUCAUGAAUGAAAUCAACCCCUUCUCAUGUUCAUUUAUUCCAACAGUAGUGACAUAUUGAUUUCUAAGCAGAUAAUUAACUAAAUAAGCAUUUGUUGUGUACAACUAUGGGCCAGUGUAGAUGGUACAAUAAAUAUGUGGCUGCUGAGAGUGUUUUCUGAAUAUAGGGAAAGCCAAAUGUGUCACUUUCGAUUUCUCAUAUUUCUAAUCUUAAAUUCAGUCUUCCACAUUUCCUCAUCAGGUUGCAUUUUAUUUUUUAAAAAAACCUCUUGAAGAUUUAUCAGUGUUUAGUCUUUGUUUUCCUAAUGUACAGUUGUUUGAAUGCAAUUUUGCCUAAUAUACUCAUUUUUGCAAAGCAGUUUCCUCUAAUGUAUGCUAUUUUCACUACUAUGUGCAUUUUUCUGCACACUUUGGUAUAUGCUUUUUUUGUAUACAUUGCUUGGCCAGAGAACUGCACUGCAAAAUUUCAAGAAGUGUGAAUUUCAGUGGAUGGUUCUUGUCUACUUGGGAAAGUGCAGAUUAGGUAGGUUCACCUUUAAAUGCGAACUGAAUCAAAUUUCUGCCCCAUCCCUAGCUGUAUAUGUAUUAGAUGUGGUCUGUAUAUCUGUAUACAUUGUGUGUGCGCGUGUGCAUAUGCUUUGACCACGCCCACUGCUGCCAUGACUCCCAGAGGGUGGUUAAUCAUCAAAUGUGGCCCCAAGGCAGAAAAUGUUAGCCAUUCCUGUACUAGACAUCAAUGAGGGAGAGCUAAAUGAACUUUUGCCAUAGUUUUACUGGCAGCCAUGUGUUUAAUAUAAAGUGCAAAGACAAGCACCAGAUUCUCUGGUGGCCCACUGGAAUGCAGAGUUAACCAGGGCUAUUGGCUGUCUGGCUCUGAAGCGUCCUCUCUGAUUGCAUGGUUUUCCCAGAGCUGAGGGCGAUGAAACAAUCGCUGAGACGGUUAGAGCACCGGUGAAGGAAAACUCAUUCUGAAUCAGACUGAAAAUGGGUUAGAGCUCAACGUCGAGCCUACCACGUGGUGAUAGCCACAGCGGAGAGGACCUUCUUCACUGCCUCUAUUGCAUCUGCAGAAAACAGCAGCAGGAGACUCUUUCAGGUGGUUCGCAAUCUAACAGAAUCACUUUUGCCAUCGGGGUCUGGUGAAGACCCCAAGAUUUCCUGCAAUGAUUUUGCAAAGUUUUUUGCAGAUAAAGUUGUUCAGAUUCAGAAAGAGGUAGAUUCCACCGUGGUAGUGGGGCCAGGGCAGGAGAGUGCUAGAGUCCUGUCUGGUCAAUUUGCAUGGGAUCAGUUCUAAUCUGUUACCUCUGAGAACGUGGACAGGCUGCUUGGACGAGUGAAACUGACCACCUGUCGUCUUGUUCCUUGCCCAUCCUGGCUCAUAAAAGCGAGCCGGGAAGGGCUGGGCGAUAGGCUCUGCUGGGUGGCGAAUGCCUCCCUCUGUGAGGGAGUCUUCCUAGACCUGCUUAAAGAAGCGGUUAUUAAACCGCUUCUUUAAAAACCAUCUUUGGACCCGGCCAAUAUGUCCAACUAUCGCCCAGUCUCAAAUCUUCCAUUCUUGGGCAAGGUGAUUGAGCAGGUGGUCGCUGAACAACUCCAGGCAUGCUUGGAGGAUGCGGACCACUUGGAUCCCUUCCAAUCAGGAUUCAGGCCUCAUCAUGGGACUGAGACUGCUUUGGUCACUCUAGCUGAUGAUCUCCGGUGGGCCAGGGGCUGAGGUAAAAAGCUGUGUUCUGGUCCUGCUGGAUCUCUCAGCAGCCUUUGACACCAUUGAUUAUGACAUCCUUCAGGACCAUCUAGAGGAGUUGGAAGCUGGGGGCACUGUUAUACAGUGGUUCCAUUCCUUCCUCCUGGGCCGUGUCCAGAAAAUGGUGUUAGGGGGUGAGUGUUCAGACCCCUGGGCUCUCACUUGUGGGGUGCCUCAGGGCUCUGUCCUCUCCCCCAUGCUUUUUAACUUCUGUAUGAAGCUGCUGGGAGAGAUCGUCAGGGGGUUUGGGCUGGGUGUUCACCAGUAUGCAAAUGAUACCCAGCUCUACCUUUCCUUCAGAUCUGAUCCUGUGAAUGCAGUGGAAGUGUGAGUAUCUGGAGGCAGAUGGAGGAGGCAGAUGGAGGAUGGAUGGCAGCUAACAGAUUGAGGUUGAAUCCUGACAAGACAGAAGUACUGUUUUGGGGAAACAGGUGGCGGGCAGGCAUGAGGGACUCCCUUGUCCUGAAUGGGGUAACUGUGCCCCUGAAGGACCAGGUGCACAGCCUGGGAGUCAUUUCAGACUCACACAUGUCCAUGAAGGUGCAGGUCAAUUCUGUGCCCAAAGCAGCUGCCCAGGGUGGCUGGGGAAACCCAGCCAGAUAGGUGGGGUAUAAAUAAAAUCAUCAUCUUCUUCAUCGUCAUCAUCAGUGGUUGCUACCGAAUACUGACAAAUACUAACUGCCACUGCAUGUCAACUGUCAUAUAUUGCCAAGUAUCGAAUACUGAACAAAAAGCAUUGCUUGUAAAAGAUAGCACAUAAGCAGUGUAUAUAUCCACAAAUAUUCAAAGAAUCAGACAACAGAUGGUGAAUAUUUGACCUUGAAAUUUUGAAAGGAAGAGUUCUGAAAGCAUAUUUGAUUCAGAUCCAGAUUUAACCCUUUCGUCAUUAGAAGAUGACUACACAGUGCACUUAAAUCAACAGUUUGGGUAUGUGAAUAAUAGAAUUGUAGGGUUGGAAGGAAUCCCGAUUGUCAUCUAGUCCAACCCCCUGCAAUGCAGGAAUCUCAACUAAAGCAUCCAUGAGAAAUGGCCAACAUCUGCUUAAAAACCUCCAAGGAAGGACAGUCCACCACUUCUCAUGGUAGUCUGUUCCACUAUCAAACAACUCUGACUAUCACCAGGUUGGGCACUGCAUCCACCAAACUUAAUUCCCCCUCUAGGUUCCUUUAGAACAUGAAUUAGUAGUUCUCUUUAGGAGGUUAAAUUUCAAGGGAGAAUGUGCUUCCCCUGUAAUCCCAUUUAACCACCCCAAAGGGGCUGUGAAGGCACAGAGCCCUUUCAGCUUAAAGGAUCCCAUAGAGAUGGAGAAUCAGAUCCAUUCCCUGACCUCAUCGAGUGUGCAACUUACCAUAUUUUUCACCCUAUAGGAUGCACUUUUUCCCCUCCAAAAAUGAAGGGGAAAUGUGUGUGCGUCCUAUGGGGCGAAUGCAGGCUUUCGCUGAAGCCUGGAGAGCGAGAGGGGUCAGUGUGCACCGACCCCUCUCGCUCUCCAGGCUUCGCGCACCUCUCCGCAAGCAGCGGGAGCCGGUGCUGGGCUCCCACAGCUUCGAGAGAGCGGCCUGUUCUGGGGGCUGGGGUUGGGGGAAGCUCAGGCUUCCCCCGCCCCCGCCCCCGGCGGGGGGGAAGAUAAUUUUCCCCCCGUUAUUUCCCCCCCAAAAAACUAGAUGCGCCUUAUGGGAUGGUGCGUCCUAUAGGGCGAAAAAUACGGUAUAACACCAACUUUCAUUCUAAAAGCAGAAAGGGAGCUGGCUUUCCCCUAAAGGCUUGUGUGUUUCUGAAGUCUGCCACCAUGCCCUCCCAAGACUACUUCCAGGGAAUUUCAGGUUGUACAAUUAAAUAUGAUUUUGAGUUCUUGGAGAACCUGCCUACCCAGAGAAAUCUGACUUUCUUUCCUCUCUCUUUUUAACUGUAAGGAAAGUGACGGGGAAAUGCACUUGAAAGUGUGGAGAUAAAAAUGUUUGAUGUGAUGAUAUAUAACCUCUCCACAAACAAAGAAUAAUGCAUAAUAAACAGGUUGUCUGGAAGUGAACUAAGGUACCCUGGCAGCAACUCUUGGUAUUGCCAUGUUGGGGUUCCUCCUCCCUUUUAAUUAAGCGUUAAAGGCCAAUUGGUCAGCUGUAUUAGGUGACCUGCCACCAACCUUCUUCAAAGCUUGCUGAUUCCUUUUCCUAAACAAGCCCAUCACUUUUAAUCCCUGUUCAUAAGAGCAGAAGGUACUCUACUGCAAAGGCCAUUAAAAUUAAAAAAAAGCAUUCGGGGGAAGCUCAUCAUGAAUGAGAAUUAACUGAGCCAUGGCUCAGUGAAGAAAAGGACCUGGGGUGGUGUUCUUUUUUGUUUCCAAAUUGCUCAAAUGAGUUAAUAACUUUUCAGAUUUAUCCUACAGUUCGUGUGGCAUACGGGUGACACUCCAAAGAAAUCAGCUUGCCAUUCAUGUGCUCACAUUUAUUCAAUCAAACUCUCAUGAUUAUCCAUUAGUGGUUCUGUCAGAUGAAAAAGUGCAGGGGAUACAAGUAGGGUUCAACAAGAUAAUUUAACCCAUCAUUGCCUUGUCUUCUUCAUUUGUUUCACCUCCAGAAUACGUAAAUCUUCAUUCUUGGGUUUCAUUUGAGCUGGGGCUUCACUCCAGCCCUGGAGCAUGUGAAAUAGCAAUAAGGAUAAGGGUGAUGAGCUCACAGAGGCUGUAUUUGGACAUCAUGGUUAAUGAUAGUUUGCUGUAAUGGGAAUUAACGAGGCUCCUCCCUAUACUUGCAUGUGCCCCGCAAGGUGUAGAUCAGAAGCUUUCACUUCUGAUUUCAGUUCAGCAAAGUUUUGGAUUAGUCUGAAUCCUAAAUAUGGUUAAUGUUGACUAUGGGUUUUUUUGUUUCGUUUUUUAAGAUGGAUUCACUAACCAUGGUUGGAAGUUGGCUUCUUUCAAACAAACCAUAGUUAAGAUCAAACACAAUGUGCUGGGUUCAGUUAAUGGGAAAUAGAAGCAAAAAAUUCCAGACUUCUCCCUGUGGCCAUGCUAAAAGAGGAGAGGGAGUACAUGAGACUGAAAGCAGCUAGGCAUGUUUCCAUCACACUACACCGUAGUUUACUGUGGUGCCCAAACACAGCCUGUAUAUGCUCAGAUACCUCUUUUUCUUUAUUACUGUUUCACAUACUCCUGGGCUACAGCAUGUUUAAACCCAUACUUUAUCCUGACAUCUAAACACAGGCAUUAUGUCCUCAGUCUCCCCAUUUUCAUUAUUACUAUUUAAUACACUCCAGGGCUAAACCAUGGUUUAUUGUUACCUGCUCUGAGACCCCACAGCUAAUUCUCCCCUGGCCUCCUCGCUGGCCCAAGUAGGACCAAUUCAGCCAGCUAGCCCUGGUGAUUACCUAAUGCUUAUUUCCCCUAAAUUGAUUUCUGAAUUUUGAAUUUUAUUGUUGUUCACGUUUUUAUACUGUAUUUUAUGCUGCUUUUGCAAUUAAGUGUUUUAAAUUUGUUGUUAGCCGCCCUGAGCCUGGUUUUUGAACCAGGAAGGGUGGGGUAUAAAUAAAAAUUAUUAUUAUUAUUAUUUAUUGUGCAGUCCGAAUGCAGCUGCAUAGACCACAGAGAUUACAAGAGCGGGUCUCCUGGUCAAAGGGCAUGCAUUUCAGAGAGCCUAGAGCUGUGACAUGUUUCCUUUUAGAAAUCAAAUUCUGCCUUUUUAAUUCAAGCAUCUCUCCCCCUCUCUCCCAGAGACAUUGUUCUGUUUGGCUGUAAACAGCAGGAAGAAUUAUUUGCCCAAUAAAGUGCGGCAAUUAUCUUGUAAUGAGAGUGUCCAGAGCCCUGUUGGCGAAUUCUUCCGAAGCUGCAACCCCAUCCAUCUUCCUUCUCCAGAGCUGUCAGGGCACUUCCUGACACAGCAAUCACAUCUUGUUGCAGACACCGAAAUGUCUGGACCAACAGUGUACCCUUCUCAUCAGCAUAUAUCUGCAAGUGUUACUUAGGCUGAAGGAAGGCAUCCUCCUUCACAUUUGCCUUUCAUAUGUCAUAGCACCUUCAAGGUUUACCCUGAGCAAUAUAGGUGCCUGCUCGCUCCACAAGCAGGUAAUUACACUAUCAGAGGACAGCGCUUUCAUUUUUAUUUUUUAAUACGAUGCGCUAUAAACAGGAGCGAAGAAAAGGAUGGAAAGAUUUCUCCGCCCCGAAUCCAGCAGACCUGGCAACCCUACUUACAGCAAGCUGCUAUCAUCAUCUCACACUGCUUGUGAACCUCACUGCAGUUUUGAAAAGGAAUAUUCAUUGAGGGGAGAGAUGGCACUUUACAGGCAAUCAGUGGGGGAUGAAGGAAAAUGGAUAGAGGAAUUCCCAUGCUGAAAAUACUCUGAAUGAUCAAAUAUGUCCCAAGUAUAACAGAAUAUUGGACAUUUACAUGAGCUUUCCUUGUUAAGUGGGGCCUGCCAAAGCAAUUAAAAUAUGCCAAUAUAUAUAAAUGCACAUUUAGUACCUUCGGAAACGUUAGCUCGUUUGCUUUUUUAAAAAGCCACCAUUCAGCGUUUAAAUUACAAGGUCUCCUUUUUGCCAAUUUUGAACAUUCGUGGAUAUUUGUUUCACUUUUUCUCAUAGUUCUGCUCUCCAACAUUUGUGCUGGUGGAAUGAAAAGCCACAUUACUGCAGUCAUUCCUACACUCCACUCAGCCUUUCAGAAUGAGCUGCCAUAGACUCAUAACGUUACUGAAUUUUAAGAGUUGGAAGCAGCCUCAGAGGUCGUCCAGUCCAGUCCAGUCCAGUUAUCUGCAAGCCACAUUUUCCACAAGUGCAUUGGAUUGGCUCCAAAUUAAGUUAGUCGCACUUCAGUGCAAUCAAUUCAACAAGCUAGUCAUGACUUAAUUUUAAGACCCAUUGAUUCCAAAGGGAACAAAGUACAACUAGCUUACAGCGCUAGUAAUACAUUGGAGUAAUACAUGAUUACUCCAAAGUGUGCUCCACUGACUUCUAUGGGACUUGAUCACAGGUAAGUUGGUAUAGGAAUUGCAGCCUUACUCUGGUUCCAAUCUAUUGCACCCAGAGCAGUUCACAGAAAAUAGCAGAAAAGUCAUAACCCACAAUAACAUUUUUAAUACUGCUACAACACGACAAUUCCAGUUAGCAAUUCAUUUAAAGCACAUCAAAGGUUUGAGCAUACUAAUGAGUCAAUUAACAACCUACAGAACCCCUCAAUAGAAUACAUCUGGCAAAGGAGACUGCCUCACCUCUGGAGGACCUUGCCCCAAAACUAUCAAUUGAGAGAGGGAAUAGGACAGAGAAUGGAAGGGUAUAGAGACCAUUUCCUCCCCUGCAGCCUCACGGCAUUAGCCUCUCCUUCUCACACAGGUUAUUCUCUUCUGGAUCAACCUUGCUGCAGCUUCCAUCCAGGAUGAACACUGUGAGAACCUUUCUCUGGACACCAACAUCACUGGUAAGUGGGCUCCUGCUAUUUGGCUCUUGUCUCCGGAAAACCAUUACACUAUCCUGCUUUGUGGACAGGGGAAAUGCAAGCACUCACCAAGGUUUUGAGACUACAAGGUUGAUCUCUGUGUUUUGACACGAAGGUUUGUGCCCAGUGGCCUGGCUUCAGCAAAUGGUUGGCAGUGGAUAACCUGACUCUUUAAGACCAAGGGUAGGGAAUUUCAGGCCUGGAGGCCGUGAGUGACACUCCAGGGACAGAUCUACACUCAUGGUUUUUAAUUUCUUCUUUUUCUUCUUCUUCCUUAAUUUUUAAUUUUAUUUUGACAAAGUAAUAAUUAUAAAUAAAUAAGAAUAAAAACGCGCACCCCACCACUGAGACCCUUCCCUCCUCCCAACCUCCCAAAAUUUCAACACCUCUUGCGAUGGAUUGACCCCUUUCCGUUUUAACGGUACAAAUUCUACAAACACCCUCCAUAUCUCCUCAAAAUAAUUUCUCCUGCAUAUUCCCCGUCUUACCUUAAUGGCAUAUGUUAAUUUAUCAUCAAUUGCUAUACCCUACACCACUUUAUACCAUUCUGCUUGCCCCUGCCACUUCCUAGCUACAAUAAUAUGUGCAGCUGUCAAUAAAUUUAUGAGCAAGUCCUUCAUAGCCUGUGAACCUUCCACCCCAUCGUAAAUGGGGUAAAUUGAUAACAAUGCUAUGUUUUUAAUGUUAAGGAAGGGUUAAGGAAUGGUUUGGAUAACCAUAUGGCCGCAUGACAUUCUACUUUUAACGUUCAUUAUGCAUUACUAAAAUGUGACACCUUUGCUGCAGAGCAACCAGCAACUAGCAGUAGGGAAACAGCAUUCUGACAGAGAUAAGAAACACCCCCCCCCCCAAGUAUGCCCUGUGAUGUUUUAGAACAAUAUAUCCAAUACCGUUCUAAUAACGUUAAACAGGUCAGUGUAGAUCCAGCCCACGCCUCUCUAUGCAGCCCCUGGAACUCUCCAGCCCCCCCUGCUUCCUCUUCAGUUUUUGCCUGGCUGGACUGUGUUCUUGAGCUUUGAUGAUGCCUCCUGCUUUCAUGGAUGGAGAGGGGAGAUUGCAAGAAGUAGGGGAAGCCCUCAAGCAGGACCUGAAUCACAGCAAUCUUCCAUCCUGUGAUCUCCAGCAACUGGUAUUUGGAAGCAUUAUUGCCUGCAGCUGUGGAGUCAGAGCACAGCCAUCAUGGCUAGUAGCCAUUGUUAGACUCCUCCACAAAUAUGUCCAAUGCUUUUUUAAAGCCGUCUAAGUUGGGGGCCAUCUAGAGCCUGGAUAGCUGAGUUGGUUACAGUGUGGUGGUGAUAACGCUAAGGUUGGGGCAGCUGUGAAGUGUAGGUGGGUUCCCACGAGGCAAGACACAGUGAUAACAGCAAGAACUUUUACUGAACUAACAGAACUGGACAACCGGGGCAAAGCAACUGCUUAUAUACAUUUCUGAAGGCCUGGGCCACUCCCACUCCCAACGCGAUUGGCUGUCUAAACGUCCAAGCUGCGAAUCAUAACUUAGUGUUUAAGGGCCAAUGGCAGAGGCCCAAGUCUUGAAAUGUUCUGGGAUUGGAUAUCAUGUAUCAAAUCAGAACACAGGGGCUCCGAUUCCUUAGUCCAGACUCAAGCUCAGGCAAACACAGACCACUGAAUACAUAAUAAGCUGCAUAUUCCAACAUUCAGCUUCAUUGGAUGUCCAUGAUUUCUGGUGUUACAGGAGAGAGAGAAAAAUCUCUUCUCUGUCUACUUGCUCCAUUCCACGCGUAAAUUUUACAAAUUUCUAUCAUGUCACUUCUUCCCUGCCUUCUCUGUAAACUAAAAAGUCCCAAACACUGCAAACCUUCUCCAAAAAGGAGUCGCUCCACCCCUUGAUCACUUUGGUUGUCCCCUUCAUUUAUUUUUUAAAAAAUAUUUUCUUAAGGUUUAUGGAGAAAAAUACAAAACUUAAUAUCUUUUCCCUUUUUAUUUUUUUAAAAAACCCAAACCAAGACUUUGAUCUAGAUACAAUAAAAACACAAAAAUGGGAGAGAGAGAGAGAGAGAGGUUAAGAGAGAAAGAUAGAAAAAUAAGAUUCAGAAAAUAAAGAAGUUCCAAUUCUUCAUCUGUUCGCUGUAAAAGAAACAAUAUUCACUCUGUUGUUGUUUAGUCGUUUCGUCGUGUCCAACUCUUCAUGACCCCAUGGACGAGAGCAUGUCAGGCACUCCUGUCUUCCACUGCCUCCUGCAGUUUGAUCCAAUAUGAAAGCCAACAAAGCCACUUUCUAUAAACAAACAUUAUUUCAAUCCUCAAAUGCUCCUUUCCUGAAACUUUUCCAACUAUAGGUUCCUGGAAUGUCACCCUCAAACUGAAAAAGGUUCAUCCCGGCAGCGGCGGAGCAAGCCGAUCGGGUGCCUAGGGUGGUGCACGUGCCCUGCUCCCAGGGCUAAGGCCAGUGGCCCGCAGGGCGGGGCCGAGCCAGGGCAGGACGCUCCGCGGGGCCUCCGAGGCGUCUGCCUGCCUCCUCCCAUUCAGCCGCCCUACAGCUGGGGGGGGGAGGCAGCAGGCAGACCAUUUGUGAGACGCGUGGCUCGGGUGCACUGCAGGCCCCACAGUGAGUGCUGCCCAGCAUUUUGUCACCCCCCUCAGUGGUGACACUGAGGGCGACACCCCCUUCCACACACCCCUUCUUCCGCCCCUGCAUCCCAGUCCUGAUUAGGUUCUAAUCGCCUAAAGAAUGGGGAAUGAGGCUGAUAUUGACUCAUGAGUGAGGCAGGAGCAAUUGUUAUGCUUCCUAGCCCUGAGGAUAGUUCAGUGAUUUGUGUGCAGUGGGGUAGGAGACCCGAGGACACAGUAUGGAUAAACUCCCUUCUCCAGCUUGUGUUUGACAACACUGGGCUUAGAAUCAUACUAGUCAAGACUCUGCUCCACCCAAACCAGAAAUGCCCGGUGUAAAUGGCAUUCAUUAAAUUCAUAUUAAUUAACUUGCAAGUUAAUUUCCUGCCUAAUUAAGGAGCACGCUUUGCCGCAGCUACUCCUUCGUGUGGAUUGCAUCUGCCAAGUCAUUAAAUCAUACUGAGUAAUUUUAUAAAGCACGCUCGGAUGAAGAGUUUCUGAUUUGGGUCAUGGGUUAAGUGUAAAGGGAAUGGAGAGUGUUCUAGGCUAGGCAGGAGACAGAAAGCGAGACCUGUUUGGCUAGUUGCUCCUCCCCAGGGCCUUAUUCAUCUGUCAGGGCUCCUUUGAUAAGUACAUGACACCCUCCAUUAAAAGGUAAAGGUAAAGGGACCCCUGACCAUUAGGUCCAGUCGUGGCCGACUCUGGGGUUGCGGCGCUCAUCUCGCUUUAUUGGCCGAGAGAGCCGGUGUACAGCUUCCGGGUCAUGCGGCCAGCAUGACUAAGCCACUUCUGGCAAACCAGAGCAGCGCACGGAAACGCCAUUUACCUUCCCACCAGAGCGGUACCUAUUUAAUAAUUGCACUUUGAUGUGCUUUUGAACUGCUAGGUGGGCAGGAGCAGGGACCGCGCAACGGGAACUCACCCCGUCGCGGGGAUUCGAACCGCCAACCUUCUGAUCGGCUCUGUGGUUUAACCCACAGCGCCACCCACAUCCCAGACACCCUCCGUUAUAACUGGCCUUUUAUCGGAUUUGCAGCUGUGGCUCAGUGCUCUCUCCUUUCCUCCUGGAGGCCUCAUGUGGAAAUCCAUCACAGGUAGAAUAAAUGUUUGAUGGUACCCUCUGUUUGAGGACUGUCCAGUCAGUUUGAAGAUAAGGAACUAGAAAAAUGGAAAGCAGGAGCCUUGAAGUUGCCCAUCAGAAGCUGGCAGCAGCUGGUGCCUGCAACCAAGUCGCCUGGUGUCUUCGCCGUUACGGUGAGAUGUAUUGCAUUUCUACUGAAAUUAUAGCAAUUAUUUCUAAAUCUCCCAUCUACGCAUAUGAAUUCUCAUGUGCAAAUUAAAUGCAAAUUGGUGGCCUCUUUCCCCUCUCCCCCCAUCAUUAUGGGAGGGGGGUGAUAAAAGACCUUCUUCUUUGGCGAUGCAUUACUGGUCACCCUAUUGCUUCUGCUUCAAUGGUUCUCUGUCCCGGUAUGCAGAGGGGCAAAGGCAUCUGGGUAGGGAAGGAAAUGGAGCAGGUGGGUCAAAUGCUCUCACCCAAAGGCAGUAUUUAAACCCACAGUUUUCAAGCAUCACCUAAUACAGGUUGAAUGCGUCUUGCCUAAGGAUCCCCAGAUUUUUGGAGCCAGCAUUGCGGCCGGGGUCAUUUUUCAGAAUGUGAAGAACGCUGAGCCAGUGUGGUGUAAUGGUUAGAGUGUUGGGCUUGGACCUGGGAGUCCCAGGGUUUGAAUCCCCACUUGGCCAUGAAACUCGCUGGGUGACCUUCGGCCAGCCCACCAUCUCUUAGCCUAACCUACCUCACAGGGUUGAUGUGAGGAUGAAGACAUACACCACCUUGAGAUCCUUGGGAGAUAAAAGUGGUAUAUAAAUGGAAUAACUAACAAACACAGGAAGCUAGCUUAGAAUGAGUUAGAGUCAUGCAUCCCUUUAGCACAAUGUUACCUGCACUGGCUGGCAGCAGGUCUCCAGGGUGUCUGGCUGGCACUUUCCCCCACUCUACCUGGGCACACCAGUGGAUUGAAGAUGAGACCUUCUGCAUGCAAAGCCGGUGUCUUAACACCAAGCUACAGUCUAUCCUGGGAUUCCCAGGCCCUCUGUGGAUACAGGUUCCAACACACACAACAAAAUAUGCACAAACGUUUUCUUGCUUUUCCUCCUUUGGUUUCAGAUCCAUUUUACUCACUUCUCUAUGAGGAUGUGGGUUGGGCAGGGAGGGCGAGGGAGGAUAAAACUCCAGAUAGUGGCAGCCAACUACAUUUUUCUCAGAAUAAACUCAGUGAAGCGAAUGGACCUAACUUAGUCCUCCUAAUUCUUAUGAGUCUGCUGUGAGCAAAACUGAGCUGAAGACCAACCAGGGGCAUUACAGGUAUGCAGCCUCCUUAGGCCAGUUCAGUAGAAAGACCAGUGCUGGGGAGGAGAGACAGAGGGAAAGGAGGAUGUGUGCUUGCAAAACACCUGGCCAAACGCUGCCACUGGCCGAGGAAUCGUGGGCUUGUUUUUGGGGUUGAUGGAUGAGCCUUACGGAUUGCAGAUGAUAGAUGUCUCUGCCAAGCUGCUCAUUUACAGGGCUUUGCAAAACUGCUGCCUGAAAUUAAGUAUUGGCAUUUUCAGCAGGUGAGUCAGUCCCGUUUGAAAGAGGCUGCAGGGAGAACCAUAAGGUCACCCUUUCCCUGCCCCCAUUUCUCCAGACAUAAUUUACCUCUGGCCUGCCAAUGGUCAGCGACCUCUCCACAUAGACCAACAUCAUUAGCACUGUCGUGUGGAAGCGGAAGCGUUAGUAACAAAUGGUUGGCUAGUAACUUUUCUGACUUUAUUUACAAGGCAUGCCAUAAAUGAAGCCCUGUAUAUAAGUGGCCCCCUUGGCCCUUUCUAUCGGCCCAUAUGGGACCAGCACGGGUAACCAGGUCUGGAAAAUAUUUAAUAUUCCUACCUUCAUGGCUGUGAUUCGUGGGUUGGCCACUUAAUUUUAUUUUUGUUUUACUGUGAUUUUGAGCUGUGUUUUAAUCAGUUGUUUGGUUUUGUGUUUUUAAUGUAUUAUAUAUUUGGUUUUAGCCGCCCUGAGCCCGGCCUUGGCCAGGGAGGGCGGGGUAUAAAUAAAUAAUAUUUAUAUAUUUAUUAUUAUUAUUAGUGAAAACCAGGGCUGUGGGUAAACUGUGAUUCUGCAGGUGCACAAGAAAAAAAUGAGCAUAAAUCCAGCUUCCUAAACAUCUACUUGCUCUAUUAUUUUUUCCCCAUUAAAAAAAACACCACUGGAUGCCAUGCUUAGUAUAUAUAUUUUUAAUCUCUCUUUAACUUGAAAAGAAAAAUAUGGCACUUUUUGAAACCCAUGAAUUAAAACUUCAAAAUACUGCUGGCUCUUAAACUGGUGCAGAACCUUAUGUCAUCUAUCCAUUACUUUUUCCUUUUGUGAUUUGAUUUGUGUUCUCCUUCACACUUUUCCUUAUUUACCCCACACAAUAGAUUCAUCUUAUCCGAAUUCAUGUAUCAACCUAUUUGUAUAUACCCACCGAUCAAUGAAUACCGAGAAGAAGGAGAAAUAUAUCUGUUUGAGAAAAGGCAACGCUUUUUAA